AUGUGUAAAGUGCGUCAACUUCUCAUUUUUCUCUCGUGUUUAUUUACUUUAACAAAUUCUACAAACGUUUCCUCGUGUAUUUCUAAUACACCAUGUAAAUGUUUAUUAACUGAAGAUUCAUUUACACUUUUGAAUUGUUCAUAUUCAUUACCGGACUUGCCACUGUUCAAUUCGAAUACUUCAUUGAAUAUAACAAAAAUUAUUGCUCGACAUGCUUUAAUUCGUUGGCCAUUACAUUUAUGUGGUUAUUCCAAUAUUGAAAUUCUUGAUUUAAGUGGCUCCUAUCUCGAUGCUCAAUAUAUGGAUUUAUCAUGUGUAUCUCAAUUGCUUUUUUUAAAUUUAAGUAAUACACAAAUUAGAAAAAUACCCAAUUUUCGACGGUAUGGAUUAAAAAAUUUACAAACACUUGACCUAUCAAAUAAUCAAAUAGAAAUUCUCGAUGGUAGUCUUCUUCGUUCGUUGAAUAAUUUAGUAACAUUGAAUGUAGAAAAUAAUCCAUUAAAAUACAUUGACUAUUUCGAUUAUAUACUUGGCCUAUCAAGUCUUGAAUCUAUCAAUUUAAUGUCUUCGAGUUCAACUUUAACAACAAAAAAACAGUUAUCUGCAAUUCAAUGGGCUAAUUUGGCUCAUAAAUGGAAUAGUUCAAAUAAAUAUAUUUCUAUUCGAACGAAUACUUUUUCAUUACAAUCGAUUUUUCCAAAUCCGGAUCAAUUUCAAAUGAUACCAUUGGAUUUAAUGAAAAUCAUUUUUCAAACAUUAUCAAAUUCAACAUUUACUACUUUAUUUUCUACACCAUCAUGCAAUUGUGUUCAUUUGCGAAAUUAUCAACGUGUAUUUUCAUUCACUUAUUAUAAUAAAAAUCUCUCACCAUUAUAUCAAACAACAACUUGUAUCCUGCCAAAUGGAAUUAUUCAUGCACUAUUCAAAGUUCAUGUUCAGUUUUAG